UAUUCCGGUUGUGUGGCGGUCAGAUGUUACCAAUUAAUUACGCGUUUUGACAGUUAUUCCAGAGUUCUCUGGUUUCAAAAUGUAUCCAACUUAGGUAAACACUCUUUCUUGAUACAAUUUGAGUUGUAUUUUUAAACUAAAAAUGACGGAAUCACCGAGUAUUUUGUCGGCAGCGGCUGUGCUUGUCGCAACUCUCAACACAGUUAUAACAACAGUUACCGGACAGUCAUCUGGCGUGAGUCCUGAAGUGAUACCGACUAAAUCACCCGAUACACCGCCGACCUUCCCGGGUGGUUCCGCUUCAGUUAUAAGCAUGGUAACGACAUCGCCAAAGGAUGUAGUAACAACGCUUUUACACACUGUUCUCGACCCGAAUACCACCACAAUCACAGAGAGUAAUGUGACAGAAGUGCCGGCUUAUUCUCGAAUCUUUCUGCAGACGGCAGCAGCACAAACAAUCGCUGGUGUUUUUGCCUGGGCUGCAAUUCUUAUUACUUGUCAUCAGAUAUACAAGCAUUUAAGGCACUACACCUGCCCAGGGGAGCAGCGUUGGAUCAUUCGCAUUCUCUUCAUCAUUCCUAUUUACGCUUUUGAUUCCUGGCUCAGUCUACUUUUCUUCAGUCAGGAUCAUUACUACGUGUAUUUUGACAGUGUCAGAGAUAUUUAUGAAGCUUUUGUAAUCUACAACUUUUUGAGCCUUUGCUAUGAGUACCUGGGUGGAGAGAGUUCAAUCAUGUCGGAGAUUAGAGGCAAAGCUAUUAUACCCACCAGUUGGUUCUGUUGUACCUGCUGUCUACAUGGCAGAACCUAUUCCAUUGGCUUCCUUCGCUUCUGUAAACAGUCCACUCUGCAGUUCUGCUUCAUCAAGCCCAUCAUGGUCCUUAUAACACUUAUCCUGCUACCGUUCGGCAAAUACUCCGAUGGAAACUUCGCUGUAGGUGAUGGUUACCUGUACAUUACCAUCAUCUAUAAUAUCUCGGUCAGUCUUGCCCUGUACGCCAUGUUCCUCUUCUACUUUGCCACCCGGGAUCUGCUCAGCUCCUUCAGACCAGUGCCCAAAUUCUUCAUGGUCAAGUCCAUCAUUUUUGUCUCUUUCUGGCAAGGUGUUCUUCUCGCUAUUCUGGAAGUGGGCGGUGCCAUCAAACCCCUGGAAGUAGAAGGGGCAGGGGAGACGGUGCAGGCCGGUACGGUCUCAGCUGGCUACCAGAAUUUCCUGGUCUGUGUGGAGAUGUUCUUUGCUGCAAUUGGACUGCACCUAGCUUUCCCGUACUCAACAUAUGAACAGUGUACACUGCUGUCUGAUGGACCAGAGGGAGCUAGAGCAUCUACCAUGCAGAGCAUUUCCUCCAACUUGAAGGAUACAGUGAACCCCAGAGACAUGUUCCAAGACACCAUUCACAACUUCUCUCCUGCCUAUCAGACCUACAUGCAGCAAGGAACCAAGGACGAUAUCGAGUCAAACAACCACAAGAACCCCGGAGUCAAGGGGAGUAUCAACGCGAAGGGCGGAGGAGGAGGAGGAGGCGUGGGACCUAGAAUACCAAGAUUCCCCAGCAAGUCUAGUCAGAAUGAGAAGUCUGGGCUUCUGAGUUCCGAUGAUGAGUUUUAGACAGGGUUUUUAGUUUGAAUUAAGCGUGUGCCACUUGUUUGCCACUGUGUUUAUAAAGCAAGCCUGUGAUGUCUUAUCAUGAAGUUUUGGUUGGCAUUGAUUUCUCUUUGCCAUGUAAAUUAUGGAUUGUUAUGUGAUGUGAGGGCGUAGUCUAUCCUACACCAACGGGACUUGGUGGCAGUCCAGCAUUAGGGUACUCACCCUGUGUCACUGAGGCCAACAUUGUUAUAUCAAAGGUGUAGAGAUACAGCCCAGUUUAUACCUAAACUUAUAGUUUUAUGAUAAUGUAGAGAGUCUGUACCUCCUCUAAAAUGGAAUUCCCUGGGGAGGGGGGGGGGAGUCAGUCUGGCACAUGAGGAGACCACCUUUUUACAAUCUCUAACGACAAUGAUUUAAAUAAAAGCAUGGAAUUUCAACCUGAAUGUGGACGCUUUAAUAUGAACGUCUGUGGGAAUAUGUUGAAGGGGCACUAAGGCCAAGACUUAGGGGCAGCUACAGAUACAAAGACCAGGGUCAACGGAGGCCAUGGCCUUGCCUUCAUGUAAUAUCAUUGAAUGUUAUUCAUGUGGUUUUUGUUUUGUCAAAGAACUUUACAGAAUGAAAACAACUUAUCGAAUGCACCUGUAUGGCAUUGAAGUUUUCCGCUUUAAAGAACCAAAACUAAAAAUGCAGACUUUGAAACGGUAAGUUAACUUAUACAUUUUUUUUCCACAAGGUUUCCCAAAGUAUCAGGGUUUAACAAUGUACUUAUUUUGUCCGUUCAUAUUACAGGACAAACAUAAACCGUUUGUUGCGAUUUUGUUACUCUAAAACCUCAAUGUAUAUCUACUUAUUAUGGCUCACAAACUGUACUUAAAACCAUAUUUUUGAAAUAAUAUCAAAUAUUUCUCAAAAUGUUGGAAGUUUUUGAAUUUUUUGAAAUAAUUUUGUGUCUAAUUGUUCCAGCAAAUCUGAAAUAAUUAUUAGUUGAUAAAAUUUAAAAAAUUGAUAAAAAUAAUUACUCCAUUUCAAAUUGGACAGUUUGAAUAUUGAUACUGUUGGAUCCAAGUGGUAAUAUCAAGUCUUUUAGGAUUUAUAUAUUUUGAUUACUGGAGAUUAGGUUUGCAGUUUGUAUCCAAAGUAAAACUACAAAUGUUAUGUUUAGUUGUUUAUUUAUUUGUUGAAGGGCAGAGUUUGUAUCCACUGGACUUUUUGUUCUAUUUACAAACUUUAAGGCCUUGUCACGCAGCGUAUCGCUUUCAGACAACUUUGGAGGCAACCAAGCAAAAGGAAAAAUUCAAAAAGUUCGCUGUUUGUCUGCAUGGUUUACAAACCAGAAUCCAAGACUUUACUGAAAUAUUUUGUCAAAUCUGAAUUCUUAAGCAUGUAAGAAUACCUUAAUAUUCCUAUCCUGAUUAUUUUUUGCUUUAUUUCUCGGCUUGCACUUUGUAAACAAUUUCCAGAAAAAAUGUUUUACCUAACCAACACAAUUUGGUACAGGAAACAAAAAUAUCGUUUGUUAAAAAAGUUCUUAUGGAUAUAAAGUUUGGAACACACGUGUAAAUAUGAAUGUGUUAAGAGAACAGGGUGGCCCAAGUGGUUUAACUAAUAGACUAAAUAGGAUGUUUUUGUUAGAAUUAUCCAGACUUGUGUAAUAUAUGUACAGUAGGUUAUCUUUGAUAUAAAUGUAUGUACUGUACAUAGUUGUAAGUAUGGGAAAGAGGAAGUGAGCAACCUCCUUCUCAGGAAAUAGUCUGAUUCAAUCGUUUCACUAUAGUACGCACUGACUUGGUACCUUAGGGCUUUGUGGCAUUAGAUUAGUGCUGUAGUAGAGUAUAUGGCGUCUUUUGUGGGAUAGAGGUGGUCAACAUGCCCUGGACUGUCAACUGUCUGGGAGGGCGGGGGACUAGGCUGGAACCACACCCAGUAUACAGUCAGCUGUCUGGGAGGGGGGAGGGGAACUAGGCUGGGACCACAUCCUUCACUGUUAGCAUAUCUGUCUGAAUUUCUUUUGGGAACCAUUUUGGUGUCAUUUGACUGUGAACAGUAUUUUAAUGCCAUGUUUUUAAAUUGACAGUAACUUUGGUCACCUAUUUUCCAGACAGCCAAGGCCAGAUUAGGAAACACAACUUGUUUGAGACCAAGGGAGCUGCUGAAAAAAAACCCAUCUACUGUGGAAAUUCAUGUUUAGUUUUAAUGAUGUAGUUUAGAUCACAUGACUACCUACAAUGUACUUAAAACUGCAAUGACAACUGUAUAGACUGUUAGCAUGCAGCGUUAUUGUGAAUGAUGUAAUUAUGUUACUAUGGUUAACUGUGUGAUGUAUGCAGCCUGUGUAAUUAAGAUACAAUGUAGUCUGAUUAAAAACAUCCAACGGUCUCAAAGGAGAUCCAUUAAGCUCCACCAUUGAAGCAUUGGCCAAUCCCAACGACAGCUCACCUUAAAAAAGUUGGCACGUUUGAUUCCCAGAAUGAACACAACUUUUCGUUAUUUGCAUCGUUGCGGUGUGCAUUUAGAGUGUUGCUGUGGCAUAAAGUCAUAUAGAUACUAGAGGAAGCACUUGUUAUUUCAAACACGUAACCACGCUGUCCAACUGUGUGUACAAAUUGCUAUGUCCACUUACAAAAUUUUGGCUUAGUGAACUGGUAUAUGACGAGUCGGCACCAUUUUCUCGAAUGCUUCUUGGCCGUGUGAUUUAGUUUUGUUCAGUGAACGGUUUGCGAAUCAGAGACUAGUGCAACCUUUAGGUUACCACCCAGGGGCGCAGUUACUUGGCUGUUGAGAUGGUGGGUGGGUUGUAAUGGAUCUGUUGAUUAUUAAACCAGUCCUCAUGAAGAAUGUUACAUCUAUUAUAACAUGGUCACAAUCUUAGUCUUUACCGUACACCCGUGUAGUUGACGGGUGUGUUCACAUUUUGGCAAUGAAUAAGAUUCCCUAUUAAAUUUUGAGUUCUUAAUUUGCUUUGAUAAAAUAUGCACAUUUGCCAAAGAGGGAGAAAUCUGUGAAUGAAAUGUACAAAUCAUAUUAAAAUAAUAUAAUUUAUAGAUAUUUUAUCUGUAGGGUGUCGAAUGGUAGCUAGUUUUAGUUGAGAGGUAUAACCAACCUAUGGGUAUGUGUGUAAGUAUGUAGAAAAUACAUUGUUAUAUUUCUUGUGUGCUGUUUUGUUAUUUAGAAAGAAAGUAUUACGAAAUGUGGCAUAUAAUAAUUUGGGGUGUUUAGAAAUUAAAAGGUUAAUCUGAAA